AUGGGCCUUGAGACGGCUUGGAUCACCUGUUCUGGUGAUGUGGAAGGGAUUGGCUGGUACAUUGCCAAUGUUUGUUUCACUCAACUGUUCCUGAUGGAGCUAUUGGUGCGUUGGUUCGUGGACGGCCGUCAUUUUUGGUCCGAUGUGUGGAAUAUCUUCGAUGCAGUUCUUGUACUAUUUUCUUUAUUUGAUGACUUUGUCUUGACGUUUCUGAUUGCAUCGUCGCAAUCUGCGUCGGUUCUUUUAUCGUUGAGGUUUGCUCGCAUGCUAAGAUUCGUGCGAGUACUUCGGCUGUUGCGUCUCUUCAAAGGACUCUGGUACCUUGCAGAAGGAAUUAUUGCUUCUUUGAGUUCCCUGGCGUGGGCAUGGCUGUUGUUGAUCGUCAUGAUGUAUCUUCCUGCAAUCUUCGUGACGCAAACCUUUGGAAAGUCAAAGGACCCGGACCCGCAGCUGGUGGCAGCCUUUGGUUCCCUCCCGCAAUCCAUGUAUACCUUGUUCAAGGUAAUGACCAUGGAGACCUGGCCAGACUUGGCCAGACAUGCGGGAAAGGUCUCACCAGGCCUGGAAUCCCGGAAUGUGGUGGUCGCUGUCAUCGUGCAGAAUACCUGUGUUCAUGCCAAAGAGCGUCAAGAAGAUUUGAGAUCAGAACGGGACAAGAAAGAUGCCAAUGCCAUGUUGAAGGUCUUUGAAGUUUUUCAGACUGCAGAUGUGCAUCAAAGUGGGCAAAUUUCCAAGAAGGACUUCUUAACGGCCAUGGACAUGCCCUCCGUGAUGCAGCUCAUGCACGAGGUGCAGAUCGAUGUGCGACAGGCGGAGGCCUUAUUUGAUGUCCUUGACUACAACAACUCUGGCACCUUAGACUCCGAGGAGUUUUUAGAGGCGAACCGGAGAGGUCGGUAUCCACUAAGUCCACGUCACGUCGCGCAGGGCAUCAUGUUGGCCCGCGGCGAAGCGCGCUCCAGGGAGGUCAUUGCAGCACAGUGCGACCUGUGGAAGGAUGAGCAUGACACCAUCAAGACCCUUGAGGAACUCGAAGAUGAGAUCUGCGAAGCGAUUGAUGGCCUGAACGGUUCCAUCGAGUCUCUGAGACACGACCUCCGUGCGGCCCGAGGAGUUGAGACCCACGAGGAUCAGACGUGGCAGUGGCUCUUCCCUGGACCCACCGACUGA